AUGGCGUCGUACAUGUACUAUCCAAACUACGCUGCUCCGCAGCUACAACCAUUCCAUGGGCACUCGCAGUCAAUGGGCGCCCCUCCUGUGGGAAAUUAUGGCUACUAUCAGGCGGCUCAGCCUAUGCAGCCAUACUACCAGCCCCAGCCUCACCGCUCCUUUCACAACCAUUCUUCGAGUUACCCAAUGGUUAUGCCUCCCCCAGGAAUGGGUUACUUGGCACCCCCUGCCCCAUCCCACCACAUGCCGUUGCCACCAGUUCAGCCUCAGCUACAACCUCCUGUUCAGCAACACCCACCUCCAGCUCAAAACCCUGAGUCUCAAGUAAACGGUGGUGUUCGUGAGGUUCUCGACUACGACCUGAAGUUGAUGUCAGAAUUUGUGGUUAAAAACGCUUAUUUGGUUUUUGACAACGAUGAUGCCAUUAAUGUCGAGUCGUCCAGCGUCGUGGAUGUUUUCACUAAGGGCGUGAGCUCUGUGUUAAAUGCAACUAGGUUGCCUUCAGUUACAAUCUUCAUGGCUCUAGAUUUCCUCUGCAAGUACAUCUCCAAACUGCCAGCUGGCGUGGAGGCUGUCGGAGGCGAUUCUGUCAACGUGAUUUACCAAAACUUGAUGAUUGCGUUGGUUUUGGCCAACAAGUUCAACGAUGACAAGACUUUUACCAAUAAGUCUUGGUCGCAUGCGACUGGUAUGGAAUUGUCUGUGAUCAAUCAGUUUGAGAGGGCCUGGCUUGCUGUUUUUGAAUGGAGGUUGUUUGAUGACAACUUUGUGUUGUUUGAUGAGUAUUCUAACUCAUUUAAACAAUAUUGUCAAGAAAAGAGUUCACCUGUCCAUCAAUACAACGCGCCUUCGUUGCCACCUUCUGCAAGCUGCGUUUCUGGGUUGUCACCAGUCCAACAAAACUGUUCUGGCUUUCAAACACCUAUGCAGGCUCCGCCAAUGGUGUAUUCUUCGCCAUGCUUUACUGAAGAGAGAAGCACUACUAGCAACUCUUUCUAUCAGCCUACAUUUGCGUCUCCUAUUUCCAAUGAGAGCCCAAUGACAAAGCAGGGUAUGAACGGCUAUAGCUACAACUACUACAGCGCCCCACAGCCAGCUCCAGCUCUUGCUCCAAUGUCUUCGAAUUUGCUAUGGAACAAUAGAGUUGACGAAUUUUAUCCACAAUCUCAAUUUGCUCCUCCAAACAAGGCCUACUACUGUUACUCUAACUGA